CAAGCACUCUGGUAGCAUGCCGUUAAAAAAACUGUUAAUUUGUGGGUUGCACUGUUGCUAACUUUUGUAUCAGCUACAAUGAGCACAAAGACAACAAAAGCUCCUCUGCAGUCAAUAGAUGUGCUCUUAAUCGAAUGAGAUUCAUAUCUCAUCCUGUAGUGCUGCUGGGAGGUAGUCAUGGUAUUUCACGUCAGUAAGAUCUCAUAGAGAGGAAGACAUCUUCAUGAACUUCUGCUUUUCUUUGACUGCAUUGCUCUGAGAGCUCCAGAAAUGUUCGUGCUCCAUAUAACAUCCUUCAUCAUUAUCCUCAGCUCUGUGUUUCUACACACUCACUCAGCUGAUAAUAAUAUCUACUCUGCUGUGAUGCCUCGGACAGUAACAGCUCUGACAGGCUCUUGUGUGCAGAUUCCUUGCACAUUCAGCGUCUCUGGUUUUGAGGACAAACGUAACAGGUCGCGUUUUAUUUAUGGGAUCUGGCUAAAAAACACACCACAGCAUGCUAGCAAAGACAGUUUUAUAGCUUUUAAUAGCAGUGAAAACAUCAUUAGAGGAUUCAGUGACAUACUGUUGACUGGAGAUCUCAAUAAGAGGAACUGCACAACUGUCUUCUAUAACAUCAUGAAGAAUCAUUCAGACAUCUAUUACUUCAGACUGGAAAUGGAGCCAGAUGUGUUCAGAGCAACAUUCCCCAAACCAGCUGAUUCAACAGAUUCAAGCAAGACUGUAAGGAUCACCGUCAGAGAUUCAACACAACUUCCUGAACUGAAACCCACUGAUCUGGAAAAAGGAAGGAUGGAAGGAACUACAGUCAAUCUGAGCUGCUCUGCUGAAGCCCCCUGCCCCAAACAACCUCCUACAAUAUCCUGGUCUAACAUCCCUGAAUCUGCCAACAUUACAACACAGUUACAGGAGAAACCUGAUAAAACCCAGUCAGUGUUUUCAUACGUGACCUUCAAAGCUUCAUACAAAGAUCACAAAAAGAACAUCACCUGCACUGCUACAUAUCCAAGAAAUACACCUGAUGCCUCAACUGUGAAGAGCACCGUGAUGCUACGAGUCCUGUUUUCUCCAAAAGAAACUCACAUCACCGUCGAUCCAUCUGAUUCAGUCUCCAUUGGCACUAAUGUGACUUUGACCUGCAGAAGUAAAGCCAGUCCAUCAAAUAACUUGAACUACACCUGGUACAAACAUGGACAGGAGAUGCUAAUAGCUCGGGGAAACAAGAUUCAUUUUAUUCUAAAUUACAAUAAUACAGGAUUGUACUUCUGCAGAGCACAGAAUAAACACGGCAAUCAGUCAUCAGCAGAGCUCCAGCUCACAGCUGAAGGCAUUUCAUAUGACACAGGACAAGAUGGACACACUAUGACUGUGAUCGCUGGUUGUGUGGGAGGAAUUGUGGCAAUGCUCAUGCUCUCUGGUAUUGGAUUUUGUACAAGGACCAGGAAAAAGACACACAGGGGAGACAAUGUUGGAGAAAAUGAUUCCCUAAAUCAGGCACAGGAUGAAAGUAUUGACAGGAAUUCCACUUAUGUUAAUGUCCUCACCUUAACCAACCAGGACAACAAGAUCUGUGAUGAUCAAAGUGUGCGUGACUGUGAAACUGAGUUCAGUUCUCAGACCGUCCACAUUACAGAGAAAGAUUCAACAGAAGAAGACAACAGUGAAGAAGGCUCAGAUGUAGUAUAUGCACAGGUCCACGUGCUACACAAAAAACCAAAAGCCAUCAGUGUUCUGCCUGAAAACAUUUAUGCUCAGGUAAAAAAAUAAGUUUACACUUUAUUUUGAUGGUCCCCUUUAGACAUUCUGUUGAUAAUAAA